AUGCAACAUAUGUGCAACCUCCUCACCCUUACCUGCCUUCCACCUUUACCUGCCUUACCAACCCCUCCGCGUACUCGCCCCUCUCACCAGCACGCACCCCUCUCACCUGCACGCGCCCCUCUCACUGGCACGCGCCCCUCUCACCUGCACGCGCCCCUCUCACCAGCACGCGCCCCUCUCACCUGCACGCGCCCCUCUCACUGGCACGCGCCCCUCUCACCUGCACACACCCCUCUCACCUGCACGCGCCCCUCUCACCUGCACGCGCCCCUCUCACCUGCACACGCCCCUCUCACCUGCACGUGCCCCUCUCACUUGCACGCGCCCCUCUCACUGGCACGCGCCCCUCUCACCUGCACGCGCCCCUCUCACCUGCACGCACCCCUCUCACCUGCACGCGCCCCUCUCACCUGCACGCGCCCCUCUCACCUGCACGCGCCCCUCUCACCUGCACGCGCCCCUCUCACCUGCACGCGCCCCUCUCACCUGCACGCGCCCCUCUCACCUGCACGCGCCCCUCUCACCUGCACGCGCCCCUCUCACCUGCACGCGCCCCUCUCACCUGCACGCGCCCCUCUCACCUGCACGCGCCCCUCUCACCUGCACGCGCCCCUCUCACCUGCACGCGCCCCUCUCACCUGCACGCGCCCCUCUCACCUGCACGCGCCCCUCUCACCUGCACGCGCCCCUCUCACCUGCACGCGCCCCUCUCACCUGCACGCGCCCCUCUCACCUGCACGCGCCCCUCUCACCUGCACGCGCCCCUCUCACCUGCACGCGCCCCUCUCACCUGCACGCGCCCCUCUCACCUGCAUGCGCCCCUCUCACCUGCACGCGCCCCUCUCACCUGCACGCGCCCCUCUCACCUGCAUGCGCCCCUCUCACCUGCACGCGCCCCUCUCACCUGCACGCGCCCCUCUCACCUGCACGCGCCCCUCUCACCUGCACGCGCCCCUCUCACCUGCACGCGCCCCUCUCACCUGCACGCGCCCCUCUCACCUGCACGCGCCCCUCUCACCUGCACGCGCCCCUCUCACCUGCACGCGCCCCUCUCACCUGCACGCGCCCCUCUCACCUGCACGCGCCCCUCUCACCUGCACGCGCCCCUCUCACCUGCACGCGCCCCCUCUCACCUGCAUGCGCCCCUCUCACCUGCACGCGCCCCUCUCACCUGCACGCGCCCCUCUCACCUGCACGCGCCCCUCUCACCUGCACGCGCCCCUCUCACCUGCACGCGCCCCUCUCACCUGCACGCGCCCCUCUCACCUGCACGCGCCCCUCUCACCUGCACGCGCCCCUCUCACCUGCACGCGCCCCUCUCACCUGCACGCGCCCGUGGCCAUCCAGCAGCAGCAAGUGGCGGUCGCGGAUCAUCUCGCGAAUCACCCCCCUGCCCUCCGCCUCCACCUCCCCCUCACUGCACACGCGCACCGCCACACGCGGCCCGCCCAGGGGCGAGGCAUGGCGCAUGCACUGCAGAGAGCGGCGGGUGGGAGGGAGGGCAGAGCAGGAAGAGAGGGGCCGGGAAAGGGCUGGCUAGAAGCAGUGGGUGGCAGGGGCGGGCAGAAGGGAAGGAGGCGAGAGAGCCAGGGAGAGGCGGGAGCACCUGGAGGAAGUGAGCUGUGUCACGCGGCCACGUGGAGAAGCGAUACAGCGGCUGCCACUGCGCCUCCUCCUCACAAGCGGCCUCCCCCCAUGCCGCCUGCUCGCCAUCUGCUCCUACCCAUCGACCGCCUGCUUCACUGGGCCCCACGCGGCACAGCCUCUCCACCGCAUACCACUGCUCGCCUGCCCUCACCGCUGCUGCCUGUCCACCUGCAGCAUGCGUGA